UGGGUGGGAGCCCAGGAAGCCCUGCAGCUCCACGAAAGUUUAAAGGGUCAGAGAUUGGUGUUUUGCCUUCUUGAGCUACUGUCCAAGCACCUGGAGGAAAAGCAGCUUUCAGAGGGCAAAAGCUCCUCUUCUUACAAUGCGUGGCCCGCAGGCAGUGAAAGGCCCUUUGUGGAGAGGGUGACUGCAGUAUGGAAAAGCGCCUUCAGCCUCAACUCCCCAGAGCAGUCCCAGGCAGCAUUUCAGCAGCUGCAAGAUAUCAAGUACCCGUCUGCUACAAGUAACACUCCCUCCAAACAGCUCCUGCUUCACAUUUGCCAUGACCUGACCUUGGCAGUGCUAAGCCAGCAGGUGGCCUCCUGGGACGCAGCUGUGGAAGGACUGCUUCGGGCUGUGAUCCGGAGCUACAACUCAGGAAACUUCACCAUCAUGCAGGAAGUGCACUCAGCCUUUCUUCCGGAGGGCUGUGACCACCUAAGAGACAAACUGGGUGACCAUCAGUCCCCCACCACACCAGCUUUCAAAAGUUUGGAGGCCUUUUUUAUUUAUGGACGUCUAUAUGAAUUCUGGUGGUCUCUCUCCGGGCCUUGCCCCGAAUCCAGCAUCUGGGUAAGGGCUGCUCACAGAAGGACAACCUCUGUUGAGCAGAGCCAACAGCUUGACAAUGUCAGCCCUGAAGAAACUGACCCCAAAGCUUCCCAGCCAGAGCCAAGCAGGACUCUAGAACUAGACGUGAGACUCACAGAAGAAGGUGAGCAAAUGCUGAACGCUUGUAAGGAGCUCUUUUCAGAAAAGCACGCUGGUCUCCAAAAUGCACAGAGAACCAUUGCUGAAGUCCAAGAGACCUUGGCAGAAAUGAUCCGCCAACACCAGAAGAGUCAACUUUCUAAAUCCACAGCAAAUGGCCCUGAUAAGAAUGAACCUGAACAGGAAGCAGAACAGUCCCUCUCUAGUCCUCAGAACCAGUGCACUAGUAAAGAAGAAAAAAAUGAACCAGUUUCUUUGCCUGAAUUAACCAAAAGGAUUACAGAGGCCAAUGAGAGAAUAGCUAAGUUUCCUGAGAGUAUUAAGACCUGGCCCUUCCCAGAUGUGCUGGAGUGCUGCCUCAUCCUGCUUCACAUCGGGUCCCAAUAUUCUGGCUUCGUGACCCAGGAAAUGCAGCAACAGGCUCAAGAGCUCCUUCAGAAAUACGGCAGCACUAAAGUUUACAAAGGACACUACCAGACCCUCUGCACGUGAACUUUCAAGGACCUCUAAGAAACUGUGCCAAAUUCAAAACAUCCAACACCUUUCACCUCUGCAUUUACACCUCACCAGACAUUCACUUUGAUCCCUAUAUGUUUCUGCAGUGAUCCAAAUAAUACAAAUGAGAGUCAAGUUUCAAUCAACUCUACACUUAAACACAAUGAAAUCUGACUUUGGACUCAAUUGUGGUUUCCUACUGGAGGGAAAGAUCAUGAAAAGCCAGCAGUAGUUACUCAGAACUAACACCUGCAAAGUGAUUGAUUGUUGAUAAUCUCUAAAGCCUAUGCAGGUUUCGCCCAAAGAGGAGAAACUUUUUAAAUCACCUGAAGUGUUACAUUCUUAAACACAAGCUACCUUUAUAAAUGCUUUGCCUGAUCAUAAACAUGUACACUCUUGUUUGAGGGUAGAGAUUAUGUCUUCCCUUUACUAUCUUACCCCUAGCACUCACUUAAGAGUGUCUAGUAUCUAAUAGGUACAUAAUGGAAACUUUCAACUGAAUAAGUUGGGAAACUGAAAGAAUGCUCAUUAAUAGCUUAGACUUAAAAGACUCUAAACUGAGCUCAUUGAUACCAGCACUGGCUGACAACUAAGGCUUGUGAUUGGUAGCUGACCUUACUGCGUUAGCAGAACACAGGAAUUCAAGAACAUCUGGCAGUACAACAGCACCCCCGUCAGCAACGAUUUCACUUUCCACAGUUUCAGUUACCCCCAGUCAACAGCAGUCCAAAAAUAUUAAAUGGGAAAUUCCAGAAAUAGACAACUCAUAAGUUUUAAACUGUGGCCAUUCUGAGUAGCAUGAUGAAAUCUCACGGCGGUCCCACUCCGUCCUACCCAGCACAUGACUCAUCCCUUUGUCCAGCAUACCCAUGCUGUAUAUACUACCUGCCUGUUAGUACAGGAAAAACACAGAGCAUACAUUAUAGGGCUCAGUACUACCCAUGGUUUCAGGCCUCUACUGUGGGUCUUGAAACAUAACCCCCACAGAUAAGGGGAGACUACUAUGUAUGGAGGGGCUGAAUUACACCCAUAGUUAGUAUUCUCUUGGUCACUCUUCAGGACUGUCCCUUUCUGAGGAUGACCUCUAACACAGCCCUACACACACUCAUAUAUAUAUAUAUAUAUACAAGGCAAAGUCCUUUACAGUUCUACUACACUUGUGCCCCUUCUUUAGCACCACUUUAAUAAGCUGUUUCUUAUUUCUCCCAUGCAAUGAGCACACCCCUACUCAACACUCAGUUCCUCAACCCUUCCUCUCAACAUUUCUCCUGACAUGUCAAUAAGCCCGUUGUCAACUGUGGCAAAAAUAAACACCUAUUUUAAUCCAAAUUUGUUAAGGAUAUAUGUGUAGGGCUCACAGUCACCAGCACGCUAAAGCACCUUGGUUAAGAACCACUGACCUAUGCUGCUUUACCACAAAUCUUAACAAUAAAUAUAUCUCUUCCAAUAUGUGAACAUCCCAGUCAAAAUCCUAGAUCUGCUCCUGUACCUGACUUCUUACAACCCCACAUUUUUGGGCCAAUAGAAAGGAUUGGAAACAAAGUCCUGAACCAAGUCUAGGAUAUCAGACAUUCAAUUUAUCCAAAAGAAGUCUACUAAUUAAUAAGUAAAUCUGCCGUAUAUAAUGGAGUAGCACCAGGAAGUAUAAUUAAAACUGAUUUCCUAGUAAGGCCCAAUAAUCAGCGAGGCAUAUGAAGUACAGAGACAAUUCCGUUUACACAGCUGCUCAUUAAAAGCUUCCUACAAAGUGAGACAUUUUGUAUGCAAGCCAACUUGUGGAAAAUGGAGGCAAGAGUUAGGGAACAGACAAGAUGCUUCCAUGUCACUGACAGCGAACAACCGUCUUCUAAAGCCAGCAAUUCAGAGCUUUGAAAGACCAAACCUUCAUGCCAGUGGUUAAAAAGAAA